AUGACAACUCUACUUCUUAUAUUCAAUCGAUUUCGUGCCAUUACGUUUCCUUUUGCUAAAGGGCUCCCUUAUGAAGUCUUACUAUCAAUUAUUGCAAUUUUUAUUCUGCCUAUGCCCAUUUGCUACGAUCUGUUGUAUGCCAAGGCUUUUUACCUGUACAGUGAACCGUUACAGGGAUAUUACCUUAUUUCGGAAACAGCCCACGAACAUCAACGUCUUCUCUAUCUUGUCAUAUUUGAAUGUGUGGUGGCGUCGAUGGGUCUCUUCAUGAACAGCACUGGCAUCGCUGUGUUACUGCGGAGGUCUAUAUCACAAAAUCGAAGGAAAGAAACCCGACUUUUUAUAAUAUCUUGCAUAUGUUUUCUGUUCCAGAUGCUGAAUGCGAUAGUAAUGCUGUGCAUUUAUUUGUUUUCUUGGUGUACGCAUGAAAUAAGAAUGACGAUGUUCUUGGUUCCCAUAUGCAACGACUUGAACUCGCUAUCAUUGCCCUACUAUUUCCUCUUCUUCAAUGAUCGAAUGAGGAAAUUCUUUUUCGACUUGCCGCCAUGCAAAUGGUUGUCUGCUUUUUGUUAUUCUGAAGAGCAGACGAAAGCUGUACCGUUAUUAGAAUUCCGAAACAUCGGAUGA